UUAUGAGGGGUUCCCACCAUCCCUGCAUGCACGGAGUUUCCCAGGUCUACACACCUGCUGUGUCCAUUAUGAGGGGUUCCCACCAUCCCUUUCCUCAGUGUCAGGGGUUGGAAAAAAAUCGGCCGAUUUUGCCGAUUUUCGCGGCAAUGAUGGGCAAAUCGGCCUAUUUUUUUACCAAUAAAAAAUCUGCGCAUGAGCAGUGACCUGCAAGAGGAAGACAAAAAGAAGAAAAAGAAGAAGAGGAAAAGGAAGAAGAGGAUGAUGAUGAUGAAGAAGAAGAGGAGGAGGAUGAUGAAGAAGAGGAUGAUGAUGAUGAUGAAGAAGAGGAUGAUGAUGAAGAAGAG